AGAUUUGGAUCAAGAUUUUUCAGACUCCCACCCUUGGAUCAAGGGUGUUGGAGAGAUGCGCAACCUUAUAUUUGUGGCUUGCCUUUCUGGUUCUGCACUUGGCGCUGCCGCUUUUGUGCCAGCCUUUGUCCUUCCAUCUGCAGGUUUUGAACCUGCCGAAACUGCUCUCCGUGCAAGCAGAUUGAAUGGCCAAGCCAAAGGAACCCAGUUCACAUUGCCUAUGACCAGCAUUGCUGCUGGAGUUGCGCUCUUCGGUCUCUUUCGCCCUCGCAGAGCCAAAAAGGUCAGAAUCUCACGCAAAGCCGAACCGAUUGAAAUGGGCAAAAUUGAUCCACAAACAGGAGAGAGGAACUAUGUGAAUCCUUUCGAAGAACGGAUCGACAUCGACAAGGAUGUUCCUGCCGAUGCGCAGCGAGAACCCAGUGGGAAGAAGUUUUUUCCUUACACUGGGCCGGUCUACAAGAAAGUGCCAGUUGCGGAAGGACUCGAGUUUCCGCUGGAUCCAAACCUUUACUACCCACCCUUGGAACCACCUCCGCCUGGAGCAAAAUGGGGAGAUGGCCGAGCACCAGAUGGCAAUUGGUACAUGGACAUCGAGGAUGAGAAAGUGCAGUAUUGGCAAGGAGUUGGCAAGAGAAAGACAGCUUGCGCCAUCGUGAGAAUUGUGAAAGGCAAUGGCCAGUUCAUUGUAAAUGGCAGAGAUGCAAUUCAGUAUUUCAGCCACUAUCCAAUCUGGUGGCUGAAGGCGUGUGAGCCGCUGGCAGCCCUGUCUCAAAAGAACAAGUUUGACAUUAUUGCGAAAAGCUUUGGAGGGGGUAUCAGUGGUCAAGCUGGUGCCGUCCGACUAGCACUUGCAAGAGCAAUGCAGGAAUACAAUUUCAACUGGAGGCCCCUGAUGAAGAAAGCCAAAUUCCUCACUCGAGACUGGCGUAUGGUUGAGCCAAAGAAGACGGGUCAGCCAAAGGCCCGCAAGAAGACGCCAUACCACAAGCGCUGAGAAGGGCCAGUGUUGUGUCCUGUGCAAUGGGUAUGUUGUUUGCUUCUUUUGGAUUGAUGUUAGUGAGGUUUGUGUUCUGUGUUUUCUCUUCAUCUCAACAGUUUCACUAGGUUUGAACAUGGCCCGUUGACAUCCAUGAGCGGAAAAAGCCGUCCUCAAGUUGAGAGCUGUCAUCCAACCAGCUUCAGACAGGGAGCACACAUGUUUUCCCAGGUUCAAAGCUUUGAAGCCACUCUUCUCAAAUAUGUUUGAG